AUGAUGGGAAACCAGAACUGUCACGCCGAGAUCACCUUCGAGGACGACGUCAAAUGGCUCGCACGUUUCCGGCUUGCGAAGACCAUUUCACCCCCGCGGGAAGUCCGUGACUGCAUACUUCGAAGCGAAGCUGCCACCAUGGCCUACCUCCAAGAGUAUACUCACAUCCCCAUCCCCAAGAUAUUCGACUGGGCAUGCGAAUCCGAUCCCGGGAACCAAAUUGGAAUGGCUACUCCAGCGCAGAGGGAGAAGAUCAUGCAACAGCUGGUUGACCUGUUCCUCGAGAUUGAGAAGCACCCCUUUGAAGUUAUGGGAUCACUCAUCUCCUCGGCCGGAGAUACCACCGAGUUCGACGUGCAAGGUCUCGCAUAUCCGACAACCUUUCGGAUGGGGGGCGGAGGUCCCGUCGGUCCGUUCUCUUCCUCGCUGGAGGGGUGGCGCGUCAUACUUGAGUUAUACCUCGCGAUGAUAGCCGGUGGCGAGAUUGGCGUGGACAAUCCGGUGGACGUCUACCUCGCACACCGUUUCCGCCUAGAUAUCCUUGACAGCCUCUGGGGACACGUCCCAUCCGAGGGCCAAUUCUUCCUCAAGCACCCGGACGACAAGGGCGAUCAUAUACUCGUCAAUGGCUCUUUCGACAUCAUUGGAAUCAUAGACUGGGAAUGGACCCAUACGGUUUCCAAGGCGGAGGCCUUUUGUUCUCCGUGCAUGAUGUGGCCGGUGGGCGAGUUUUACGACGGCUCCAAUGAGCUGGCCAAGGAUGAAUUGCGACUCGCCGACAUAUACCGGGAAAGGGGCCGCGAAGACCUUGCUAAAUGUGUCAUCGAGGGCGGAAAAUUUCAGAGGCUCUUCUUUGCUCUCGGCCCCGAUGGAGCCUUUUUGGAUCGAAAGGCGUUCGUAGAUCUCUUCAUGGGGCUUAAGAGGACCUUCGGCUUCGGAGACGUGGGGUGGGAAGAAUGGAAGGGGAAGGCCCUCGAGAAAUGGGAGAGCGAUGAUGUCCUCCGGGGCUUACUAGAGCUGGAACUGAAUGGGGAGUGA